AUGGCAUCUGCACCUUCAGGACCACAGCUCGGCGGUGACAACAACACUAGUAGCAGCAGUAGCAGCCAUCACCCCACUGCAUCGACUUCUUACCCGAGCACGUCAUGUUCCUCCUACUCGACCCUCGUACAAUACCUUUGGCAGGCUCCUUUCUUCUUCAACUAUCGGUUCGAUGACCAUGCAUGCAAAGCGAUUCUUAGCUACUGCUACGAGUCAUUGUGGCAACAAAACCCGGCACUCAUGGAACAGUACUUUUAUUCGAGUCCUCAAGAAUUGCAACAAGCCAUUGAAAAACAACUAAAGUAUCGAAGCAGCAGCAGUAGCAACCAAGAGCAUGAUAUGGACACUACUACUACUACCACCACCACCCAUUCAUCCGGCACUCUCCAAGUAUGGCAUAGCAAUGCAAUUGUUCCACCAAUCGAUUCAUCCAGUGAACGUGGGAGGCAAUGUGGACACGUAUUUCGAAAAGGAGAACCGGUAACUUGUGGAUUGGAUGACACGUGUGUAUUUUGUUCGCGGUGUUUUCAUGCAACGCAACAUGACGGGCAUGAUGUCUUAUUCUCGGUGAGCCCUGGAUCAGGUGGUUGUUGCGAUUGUGGUGAUCCCGAAGCCUGGAAGGUCCCAUUGAAUUGUAAAAUUCAUACCGACACGUCAAUGGGUGAUGGUAGCAUGGAUGAUCAAGAGGAUGUCAUGAAUCAGGUACCAGCCAAAAUCAUCGAGAGUAUUCGAACUACCAUUGCUGCGACAUUGGACUUCGUCUUGGAUACCUUGACACUUGCACCUGAAGAUAUUGCACUACCCAACAAUACGAGCAGCAGCAGCAGUAGCACGAGAACCGACAGCCGAGAUGCGAAUGAUUCUCAGGAUGAGGACAAGGAUGUGGACAUGGAUAAGGAAAACAAUGAAUUCAUAUUCUUGGAUGGACCCCGUUCUUCUAUGGAACAAUCAACAUCAACAACGUCCCAAGAUGGCAAUGAGGAAGAAUACGUAUGCUUGGCUUGGAAUGACGAGGGACAUGCAUUUUCUCAUGUGUUGGAGUGCUUAAUGUCGGCCACUGGGUGUGAAUGGGAACGCGCCAAGGAGAUGGUAGAUGCGAUUCAUAAUCAUGGUCGUGAAGUGAUUGCAGUUUCCAAAAGUGUCGAUCAGCUUAAGAAGAUAGCAGCACCUCUUGCAGCCAUCAAUCUUGGUGUCACCAUUCGAUCCACGCGCGAUGUUUAUCGAGAAAAAGUGUGCAAUCUUUUGAUCUUUUGGCUCAAAGAACUCGUCCAUGGUGAUACUCGCUUUUUCAACAAUGUACCAGGAGGUGAUGCCAUCAUACGAACCAUUGUUGCUGAAGAAUUAUGCGCUGAGUGGGAGAUAAGGAAUUCCGUUUCGACAACAUCAAAGCAAUCUGUUCACCCCGGCGAUGAUGACGAUGAUGAUGAAAAUAUCAUGAAAGAUGACUCGGCAAUGUUGACAACAGAAAAGGGGAUAUCAGAGGACACUGAAAUGUACGAAUCCACCAAUACAACAUACGCGCCCAGCACACAUCCAGCAUCCACAGCAGAUAGUCAAUAUGAUGCCGCCAAUAUCGAUUGGAAUCCAGCUUCCAUGAUCCAAGAGUUUCAUCAAUUACGCAGCGAGGAAAAUCAGUCUUGGGAGAAUACCAUAGCCAAUGUCAGCUUAAAAGGCAAGCAGCCUGAUACCCUUAUGGAUCCCAGCAAACGGUUGGAUCGCGAGACGACCAUGGCAUUGGCGAGCCAAAUACAACUCGAAUUCAAAAAGAAGCUUCGGCUCGACUAUUUCAUGCUUUACGAUCUCAAGCUAUGGAAGGAAAUGAGGAUAGCUUUACGAGAGCUCUAUAUCGCAUCCCUUGCACCGAGUCGAACCUUCAAAAAGACAUUAGGAAAACGGCUUGCAAGGAAUUAUGCACGACUUGCAGAAUCAUUCUUAUUGAAGGAUCGUGAGCCUGAGAUAUCCAUCAUACUUUUCUCGGUGCAAUUAUUGACAGUGCCAUCCGUUGCCGAUCUAUUGGUGAAUCAAUACGAGUUCUUUGGUCUUGUUUGUUCAGCUCUUACAGCAUUCUUUUUGACCGAUCACCUUUAUCUUCUUUUGCCAUCGGAGCGAGCAGAAUCACCUUCACGUAUCAAUUGUGAAUCUCGCGCUUUUCGAACACGUCGCUAUUUUAAUGCGUUCCACGACCUGCGCUAUAUCAUGAAUGUGGAUAUGAUCAAGCCUGUAUUGGUACAAGACCCUCUUUAUUUGCGACAAUUCCUCGAUUUGAUCAGCAUGUUUCAAUCCAUGAAUGCACAACUAUGUCAAAAGGAUACGCACGUCGAAUACGAAUCCGAGAUAUGGGUCAACGCCUUCAAUGUGACUCUACAAAUCGCCAAAUGCUGUCGCCAAUUUUCCGAAUGCUUUGCCAAACUUCCCAAGAGCACCGAUGCUGAUCAAUUGGCUAUGGCACGUGUGCUGAUUCGAUGCAUUACCAGUGUCCUGAAAAAGAUCCAAGAUUGGGAUACAUCACCAGAUGAUAUGCGCCAAGUCCCUGAAGACAACUCACAAUCACGUCAACCUCGACCCACCACACAACAACCUGGUGUUGCAGGUGCAAGCUCACAAGUCUUUCAUACGAUCCAUCCUCCAUAUAUUGAACAGCCACUGGAGAUCGUCGAAUAUGAUAUUCUAUCACAGCCUGUUUCAUUCCAUCAUCCUCUCCAUUGGUUGCUUGCAUGCUUCCUCGAACACGCCUUUGUGUUGAAUGACCAAACAAUCGAGAUGGCUGGCUACCCUGGUCGAUUCGCCCAAGUCAUUACUCUCUUUAAGAAUUCUACGGAUGACCAAGUGGUGACGCCUGAUACUUUAUUACCCAUUCUUGAAUAUCCGCUACGAACAAUCGCCUUUUCGGCACAAAUCAGAGCAGGUGUUUGGGUGAGGAAUGGAUAUGGUAUCCGAAAUCAGGCACAUCAUUAUCGUGAUAUAUCUUUACGAGAGAAUACCUAUGAUGCCGAUGUCUUUUUGCUGCAAGUUGGUUUUGCCACGAUUGAUGCCGACAAGCUCUUGGUGACAUUGAUGGAUCGAUUUGGAUUAUACAACUGGUUUAAUGGAGAGCGUAGCCAUCCUCACUAUGAUACCACACAAACGACUUUUAUGGUGGAAGAGCUUUUGAACCUUUUGAUCGUUUGUGCGAGUGAACAAGCCAAUGUUACUGGUAUGACAGUGGAGCAUCGAAUCCGGCGAGAGAUUAUCCACAACCUAUGCCUUGGCCCUGUUACAUUUUCAGAGUUGAUCAGGAGGAUACCUGAACGCUUGCAUGAACAUGCUGCUUUUGAUCACGUGCUUUCUCAAGUGGGUGACUAUAAAGCACCCAUUGGUAUCAACGAUGCUGGAUCUUAUCGAUUGAAGGAUGAAUGCUAUAAUGAAGUCGACCCAUAUUUCUACCAUUACAGCCGCAACAAUCGUGAGGAAGCUGUAGCCAUUCUCAAGGAACGUUGGAACAAACAACACGAUGGCAACAAGUUCUUUGUCACACCACGGUUGCCACAGCUACAAAAUGGUCCCUUUUCCUUCUUGGGCGAUUUUCUGCAAUCGAAGGUGUUCACACAGAUGAUGGCAUACACGCUUUGGAACAUUCGUUUGGGAGGCAGCCAUAAAAGUGACACCAACUUGGAUCAAGCAUUGUAUUUGAUUAUGCUCGCUCUCACGGAUAGCAAUCAUCGACAACCCACCAACAGCACGAAUGAACGUGGAGGCUUUUAUGAGUUUGUGUGUGCACACUACUUCCCAUUUUCCGACGAAGAUCAAUCGGAAGAGCUUUCUUUGCUUGAUAUUCUUUUCCAGUUGCGGGACGACGAAGAGAAUUACAAGGAGAUUCAUGCACAAUUGGAUUGGAUAUUUGAUCGACUCGAAGAGUAUGGUCCUGGUCGUACACGACGUGCAACACACACUUGGAGAAAUGGACGUAUGAAAGUAUCAGAGACCAAGAAUGAGAAUGGUGAUGCUGCAUCUGAAUACCAAAAGAAAAAGCAGGCAGCACUCGAACGGCAAAAGAAGAUUAUGGCGCAAUUCGCGCAAGCACAGAGUCAAUUCAUGGAACAAAAUGAAGGAUUAUAUGACGAAGAUGAAGAUGACGAGAUAUUGAAUGGCGCCAAUGAUGCUUCACAGCACCCUGUUGAUGAUGGAACGAUUACAAGAUUAUGUGCCUAUCCAACAGGAACAUGUAUCGUAUGUCAAGAGGACGUUGAUGAGAAAUCAGAAUCUUAUGGCAUGCUUGGUUUAAUUCAAACAUCCGACAUUUUACGCCAAUCGCCAUCACUACACGAUGCUGCUGUGCUAUCGCAUAUCUGUUCCAUGCAAGGAAGCUUGGAUGUUGAAUGGCCCGAUGAACAAGCUCUUCCCGACGACUUUGAUCAUAUCCCAGGGAAGCCCGCUCAAUUGCACAAGACCGGUUUAUACGCAUCAACUUGUGGACAUCUUAUGCACAUUCAAUGCUUUGAAGUGUAUUGUACAUCCAUCGAUUCACGCCACUCAUCCCAACUCACGAGAAAUCAACCCGAGAAUCGAACACGCAAUGAAUUCAUGUGUCCUUUGUGCAAGUCGCUUGGCAACAUUCUUCUCCCCAUUUAUUGGAAAGGCCGAAAGGAGGAAUUCCCAGGAGUGAUACAGCAACAUGAUGACAACGAUUAUUCAUCAUUCUUGCAGUCUCAAGUACAAUCGGGUGCGGAUCGUAUCAAGCAGGCAGUGAUUAAUCGAGCACAACGACGACGUACUAGUGGAGGAAGCAAAUUGAAGGAAGCUCUCAAUACCUACGUUGUUCCCUAUCUUCGAACCGUACAAGGUGAAAGCUCUUCUGAUGACUGGUUGGGUUUUCGUGGACCUAUCUUUAGCAGUGAUUCGGCCACUGGAGGAGGACAACAAGAUGCCACAGCUGCUGCCAUGGAUACAACAUCCUUCACUGAAACUCGCUGGAACGUAUUUGAUCGAGACUUGUUGCAUGGCACCACCUUUGACAACUAUGCAACAAUCUCACAAAUGUACACACGACUAUUUGAUGUCUUAUCGAUCAUUUAUCGAGGAUUGUGCAACGAUGAGACGAUGCAGGAGAUGUCUUCCAAUGUCAAGAGCAUUGAUUUAUUAUGGGGUUUGGUUGGCUACACUAUCACCAGCGUAGAGAUUGCAGCACGUGGAUCCAAACGACCCGAAGCUUUACAACCUGAUGACACAGACACCUUGUUUGAUCAAAUACCCGCUCAAACACGAAUGCUACUACGAAUUCUUUGUGAUAGCGUUUUGGGCUAUACGCAUGUGAUGUGCCAGCAGAAUGCAUCCUCAUCAACGACGGGUCCUACUCCCAACCAGGUCAACUCACGUGUUCACUUGUAUGCAUUGUCACGACUUCGGCAAAUAUUCCCUGAUGUGCGCCUUGAUGAUCUUGUUGAAAUGCAUGGGCUUAGCUAUGACAGGAUGCUCUUAUGCGACAACCCACCUUUGCUGCAGGAUGAUCCAUUCAUGAUUUUAUCCGAACUCACAUUUCACGGCAUUCGCUUCACAAAGAUGAACACACACGCUAUGAUCAGAGUGCUUUUAUUGGCUGAAAUCACAAAGACGGUGGUGGCCAUUGUUCAAGACCAGCUCAAGACAAUGAAUGAGGAUGAUGAGGCCACAACGACAACCAUGACGGAUAGCGACGAGACACCACCCUCUCCAAACGUCAGGCAUUUUUGCAUGUUUGUAAUGCAGCAUUUGAAUUUCUCAGAGACUGAAGCCAACCACGUGUUCGAUAUGGUGGGCGCUUCCAAAUUCCAAGCAUUGAUCCAGUCAUUCGCACUUCCCUUUUUACGACGCACGCUCAUUUUGAUGAUUGUACGACAUGGUUACAUUGUGAAUGGACGACCUCCUAUGGAAGACGCCAAUACCAAUGAAUUCGAUCGAUUAUUGAAUUUGUUAUGCCUCCCAAGCCUUGAUGAAUUGAUUCAAUUGGAUCUAGAUAGCCAGCUGGUGGCUGCAUGGUGCGAGCAACAUGUAUCAGAAUCAAGCAGAGAAUUGCAAUUGCAUCAAGAAACAAUGACGACGAUGGAUACCAGUGCUGCUGCACGACUCGUUGACAUUGCUUUGGAUACACCCACACCACUCUAUUUACUCCCUCUCCCGCGCCGAUUUGAACAAUUGAUUGACGAGAGCAUGCGAAGGAUAUGCGCAAAAUGUGGCACCAUUCCAACCGACCCUUCUAUUUGCUUAUUGUGUGGCACAUUUGUUUGCACGCAAAGCUUUUGCUGUGCUGAUGGCGAGUAUGGUGAAUGCAAUUUGCAUAGCUUCGAAUGUGGUGGUGAGAUUGGUAUCUUCUUAUCGGUCAAACGCUGUGUGCUUAUUCUUUUGCAUAAUGACAACGGCUGGUUCAUGAAUGCACCCUAUCUGGAUUCCCAUGGCGAGGUCGAUCUCGGUUUACGGCGUGGUAAACCUCAGUACCUUAGUCUCAAGCGGUAUGCCGAACUUCGCAAGUUGUGGCUCCAACACAAUAUCCCUGUAUACGUUGCAAGGCAAAUCGAAGCCAACUUUGAUGUAGGCGGAUGGACAACUUUGUAA